AUGGCUGUCGAUAGCAUGGACGAUUCAGUAGUCUCAAGCGAAGUCCCGCAGACCGAGUCGCUGAACGGAAAUUUUUCUGAACCGUUUUGCGCCCAGCCGCAGGUGAUCCAACAUGAAGAGAUUUCAGUCGGAAGUCUAUGUGAAUUUGAUCCUAAUUCCUGUGAUCCUCAUUCCAACUCGGCCGCAAUUCCCGAUAUCUCCCAGACGGAAAUCCCUUUAGGGGGAAACCCUCGUUCGGAUUUCUCUUCUGGGAUCAUGUUCCAAGAGAAUACUGCCUUCGGUGGCUUCAUGUCUGGCUUGACAAACAUCACAGGAAUAGGGUCCGGCUGUAUGGAUUGGCUGGAUAUUCAGCUUCUUGACUCACCUGUGGAUCCUGGACUAGCACGAAAGGACAACCCACUAAAUUCUGUCCCAACACCAUGCUCACCUUAUUGCAGAGUCGGAGGCUCCUGUGGUGGAGCGUUGUCUUGUCUUUCGUCAUCAAAUGAUGCUGCAUUUGGCCACAGUGAGAUAAGUGAGAACUCUACAACAAGGACACAUACUUUGGGGCCUGCUCCGCAGCAGUGGCCAUUCGAUAAAAGCCGCGAUCAGGUGCCUCGCACAUACCAACUUCCUCCCCUCCGUGAGGUCUUGCAAACCAACCUGACUGCGGACCACGACGGAACCAGAGAUAUCUCGCAAUGCCUUAUUAACCUAUUCUUGGAAUCCCACUUUCCAGACCUUGCAAUGCUACAGGACUGCACCAUUCUGCCCGCUGUGCACUUAGUACAACGCAGUAUAAUUUGUUUCUUUUCUGAGUUUGACAGCAUUCUUCCUAUGAUCCACCGCCCAAGCUGGAGUUUGCCAAGCUGCCCCACAGUGCUGAUUGCGAGCAUGGCUUGUAUUGGUGCGAUGUUUCUGAACGAUGAGAACGCCAUGGACAGAUCCAGGACGCUAAGCAUGAUCAGUGCGCGUAUGAUAUUCUGGCUGGGUGACUCAGACAGUAACAAAUACCAUGACAUCACCUAUCUUAUUGCAUGCUGCCUCCACCAGAUCUAUUCUUUGGGAUCCGGUAACUGGCAGAUGUACCAAGAUGCAGAUCGCUCUCGUGGAAUCCUAGUCGGGAGCCUACGUGGAAUGGGCCUCCUUCACUCGCGACUUUCUGUGGAAAUGACAACAUCUGAGUGUCAGCCGUCAAUCGGAGCUGACUUAGCGGAUGUUCAGAAAGAAUGGAGCCAAUGGAUCAACCAGGAACAGGAGAAACGGGUGACAUGGAGUUGCUUUGAGUACGACUGUAGCCUUUGCACGUUGACCGGACGACGAGGAGCAAUCGACCUGAGUGAGCUUCCGAGCAGGCUGCCAUGUACUGAGGCAUUGUGGGACGCUCCCACAGCGAUGGCAUGGAGAGCUCUCGGCUCUCACUCCUCUCCCACCUCGUUCGGUGCAUCUGUUGACGUUGUUUUGCGGAACAUCAUGGCCGGACGACCGAUCCCGAGCGACAUCUCCCUCUCCUCUUGGGCGAAGAGACUUUGCGGACAAAUCAUCGGUCGACUACUAUGGGAUCUUAAGCAGCUCGAUACAUUGUCCCUCUGCGGUUGGCUUGGGCGGCCCCCCUUGCUAUCUGCCCAGAAUCAGGCCAAGGUGUCUCUGCUUCAGGGCUUUGACAGUUUGGCUCUUACCAUUGAUUGCCCGUUUUCGACGAAGGAACUGAUAGACUACAAGUACGCUCGCUCCCAAUUUGUUCCGUCCUCUGUGGAUUCAACUAAUCAUCACUAUUUUUAUUCACUCAGUAUUACUCGUUUGAUCAUCCACUAUUGCCACCUAUACAGCGCCGAAGAUUUCAUGGAACUUGUCGUCUUCAUUGUACGAGUUGUGACAACUUCACGGCGUGCCCAAGCAGAGACCAGUCUAGCGGCUGCCAAACAGCAACUCGAAGCAAAAUUCGCCGGCGAUCCACGUCGAACGCGCAGGCUAGUGUGGCAUGCAGUGCAAAUUACUGCUGUCGCAAGUGAAUAUUUAGUUUCAGCACCCUGUGAGAUUCUGCGAAUUUUCAUGGGUUGCAUCUUUCUGAUGACCUUUGCCAAAUACGGCCGCACCUCUCUCCACAAGAGCAGUCACGAUAGGCCCGGCCCACCUGUCAGGCUGGACGACUUGGCCGUCAAUGACAACCAGAAAAACCUCAUUAUGGAUUGGAUCCAGCACGGCGGGCAGGCAAGUAUUGCUGGACUGGAGGAUAUUUAUUCUGAUGAGCUUGCGUCGCACGUCAGCCAUCUAGCUCAGUCUCUCCUCGCUCGGAUACAGUAUUGGGGCUUAUCGCAGAAAUUCGUCAAAAUUCUUCAAAUGUUUCAGCAAAUUAUGGACUGA